UUUCCUCCAUUGCAGAUUGAAGUAGUGAAUACAUUCAAGAGCGGAGCUUCCUUUCAGGGGGCUCUGCGGAGACAAUCCUCCACCGCCAGCCAGAACCAGGACGUAACGCAUGUUUCUAGUCCUAGUCACGUGUCGCUAAGCAAUGCUCUUUCCUCUCCUACCAGUGCGUCAGCUGCAGCCGCAGGGCAUCCGCGUCGUGAAGGCAUUCCGUAGCUCUCUCUAUGAAGGUUUAGAAAAACCGGACUCUCGAACUUCCAUUCACAACUUCAUGACCCAUCCAGAGUUUAAGAUAGAAGAUUCUCAGCCUCACAUCCCUCCAAUUGAUGAAACAGAUCUGGAGGAAGAUCCUGCCCCGAAACAAGACUCCAGCCAGCCCCCGUCACCCAACAAGAACAACAACGCGCUGGAUAGCGGGAUAAACCUCACUACGGAGACCAGCAAAUCAGCGACCUCUUCCAGCCCGGGGAGCCCCAUACACAGCCUGGAGACGUCCCUUUAGCUGGCGCCGCUUCCUCAUCACCACAACAAGGAAUAUUCAUGUGUCUGGCUGGGUAAGAUGUCUUCACAUUCGGAGGCCGGCAGAGGAAGCUCCGUGUCCACGCAGUGCUGGCAGUGAGAACGUGGCAGGUUUAUCACGAUGGCCCGAUGCUGCUGAAAAGAC